UGCUGCAGCCGCUGUUAGUCGCUGUUUUCUAUUAACAGCAGUCAUGGCGACGGUGGUCCAACCGCUCACUCUGGAUCGAGAUGUUGCCAGAGCUAUUGAGCUGCUGGAGAAGCUGCAGGAGUCAGGCGAUGUCCCCGGUCACAAGCUUCAGUCCCUGAAAAAGGUCCUUCAGAGUGAGUUCUGCACAGCCAUCAGAGAGGUGUACCAGUACAUGCAUGAAACAAUUACGGUGAACGGCUGUCCGGAGUACCAGGCACGGGCUACGGCUAAGGCCACAGUUGCAGCCUUCGCGGCCAGCGAGGGUCACUCCCACCCGAGGGUGGUGGAGCUGCCCAAGACGGAGGAAGGGCUGGGCUUUAACGUGAUGGGUGGUAAGGAGCAGAACUCGCCCAUCUACAUCUCCCGCAUCAUUCCCGGCGGCGUGGCCGAGAGGCACGGCGGCCUUAAACGGGGGGACCAGCUGCUGUCUGUCAACGGAGUGAGCGUGGAGGGGGAGCACCAUGAGAAGGCCGUGGAAUUGCUGAAGGCAGCCAAAGACAGCGUGAAGUUGGUGGUGCGCUACACCCCCAAGGUGCUGGAGGAGAUGGAGGCCCGCUUCGAGAAGCUGCGCACGGCCCGGCGGCGCCAGCAGCAGCAGCUCCUCAUGCAGCAACAGCAGCAGCAGAACCUGGCCUCCCAGCAGAACCACAUGUCGUAGGAUGUCCCUGAAGAAGAGGAAGUGAAGAAGAAUGAGACACGGACCUCAAAAGACCAUCUGUUUCUGCAGAGGAUCCCAAAGGAGUCCCGCCGCCAUGAGGAUUUCUGUAAAAACCAGUCAAAGACUCUUUCUCAAACUCUCUCCAUCCCAGUGUACCAUCGAUUACUGAGCAAAAAAAAAAAAGUAGAAGAAAAAAAGCCGUUCGUCCUGAAGUCAGUGUUUAGAAGACACGUAUGACCACCCGCGAGCGACGCUCACGCCCAAGGUCGUUCCUCUUAACGUUAUGUUCCCCUUUUCUGAGUUGAAGUCCUCCGAUAGUGGAAAGCUGUGGCCCUCUUUACUGAACUCCCCUCUCUUGUGUUCAUUGUUUCAUUUCCAUGUCCGUCCAUUUCUGAUUGUGUUGCUCACUGACGUCCUCCAUACCGUGGCACGUUCGCCAUUUCGCCGACGACGUUCAUGUGUACAGUGAUGUUUCUAUUGGUUCUUCAACUGGUGCUCGAGUCCAUGUAUGAGUGACCAUUGGUUGUUUUUUUUUCUUUUUGUGAGCGUGUGCGUGUGUAGAACCCGUCCCGUUUUGGAUAAUCGUGAAACUCUUUUCUACCUUCAGAUAUUGUAGCAAGAAAAUAUUUUGUAUUGGGAAUCUUGUGGAUCGAGCAAUAACACACAACGUUCCGCUGUAGAUUUCACAUCAACGCCACAGUCCAACGCGUGCACGGCUCACGGCAAAGACGCAAACGUGAACCACUGUAAGGUGAAAGUAAACUGGGUUUUAUGCACUGUCAUGAGGCCGCCGCUCCUGCCCUGUAAACGAGGCAGCAGCUAGUCCACUGAUUAGUCCAUCCUCGGUGCCACUCAGAGAGAUUUAUUAAUUGACCGCGACAUGUACGAUUAAUGUGCAAUAGCCAUAAAAAGCUACCGUCAUUAUAGAGAUGUAUCCAGAGAGUAUUUAUGUAAACAGAUUUCAGUUAUAGGUACGUACACUCCUAUGAAUUGUGCACAUUUCCCGACAGACCGAUAGAAUGUCAACGUAAAUUCAUUUUAAACAGAGCAAUUUCUAAGUAGUUCGUAACUUAUUUUUUCAAAAUCAGUCUAUUUUUUUGGGGGGGGCAUCCGCGUAACGUGGCGGUCUAUUCCAUUGCCUAUCAACACAGGGAUCCUGGUUCGAAUCCCCAUGUUACUUCCGGCUUGGCCGGGCGUCCCUACAGACACAAUUGGCCGUGUCUGUGGGUGGGAAGCCGGGUGUGGGUAUGUGUCCUGGUCGCUGCACUAGCACCUCCUCUGGUCAGUCGAGGCGCCUGGUGAAACUCCUCACUGUCAGGUGAAAAGAAGCGGCUGGCGACUCCUCAUGUAUCGGAGGAGGCAUGUGGUAGUCGGCAGCCCUCCCCGGAUCGGCAGAGGGGGUGGAGCAGCGACCGGGGCAGCUCGGAAGAGUGGGGUAAUUGGCCAAGUACAAGUGGGGAGAAAAAAAAAGGGGGGUGUUAAAAAAAGUCUAUUUUUAAGUUUACCCAAAGUUUCACUGUUCGAAUUUUUGCUUUAUUAGAAAUGCGGAUUAUUAUUCUAAAAAAAAAACUACUCGUUGUAUAAAAGCUAAAUUCUAGCCCCUAGUUUAUACCCGGAUGAAGUGAUCGGUGUAUCUUCCGCCUACAUCUGCUCUUUACGUCUCCACCCUGACAAUCAUUGUGGGUUCAUAUGAAACCUUGUGGAGUGUGUUACCCGUCUUUGCUCUUUCACAACAAUAAGGGAAGUCUCUUUUAACGUCAUGCUAACUAACCAACCUUGUAUCUGAACUAAUCCCUGUCAAGGAACCAAAAUUUCAUGGCGCUGGAUAUGUAUGUAUGUAUGUAUGUAUGUACAGACAACAGUCAUCAGCUGCAAGACUUCCCCCGAGGUCCUGACACAUGACAUGAGCUGGACUUACAUCGCGUUUAAUUAGAUAACAUUAUAGCGGAGCUGCAGUCUUGUUCAUGAUGUGCGCCACGUGCCGUCCUGAUCCAGCCCCGUGUGAACAGCACGUCGGCGGUGAGGUCUGCUCGGUGCCAGGUGUUUGGCCUCUUCUGGAUGGUCGGAGUGCUUUUUUUGUCCCUCUACCAUGCUCAAAACAGUACAUUGUGACAUGACAGAUCCCGUUUUGUAUCGUCUUUUUAAUUGACUCACAUUUUUUGAAGCUAGUAGUCCUGUACUUGCCGUACAGAAAAAGACAAAAAACCGUUGAUAUGCAAUUGUAAUACAUACUAUAUUUGUAUAAAUAAAAUCUAUG